AUGGCGUCAGAAUUUGUACCUGAGACAUCUGAAAUUGGUUCCUUGACGGCACACUCAAACGAGCACAGCCAGUUCGUCGGUAGCUCGAGUGGCGUCUAUUUCAUCAAGACAGUGAAACGUGCAUUCAACGGUCUAGAUGGGCCGGGUUCAUCCGAGUCUAAUUUCCCCACGGCAGAGGAAACACUCGUAGGCGCGGAAACCUCACCUCAUGACAAGCGCCAGCGCACCUCAUCCGUCAAAGACACUGCUUCGUCCUUGGAGGUCGAAUCUCCCACAGAAUGGACCUACGACCCAUCAUUGACGACAUCUCUGGGAACUCUGCCACGCCCAGAUAUGGCCAAGGGCCUAAUGAUGAUGUAUUUCAAAGUAUGGCACCCUCUAUUCCCGUUCCUACAUGGACCCACCUUCCUGCAGGCGAUGGAGAAGGUCUACUCCAGCGGAAAUCAAACUCAGCACACACAAGAACCCUGUAUAGAUCACCGGAGUACAUGCUGGACAAGUAUUUUUCAAUGCGUCUUCAAUCUAGGCAGUCUGCUAGCGCCAGACUUGGAUCUACCGUCCGAAUCGAAGAUCCAAUCGCCGAGCAGUUUCAACUCUUUGCUCGGGACUCUCUCCUCUCGACAUGAUAUCGCCUCCUUGCAAGCGCUUCUAGCUAUCCAAGUCUAUCUCGUCGCGACCAUGUCACUUCGACAAGCAUCGACUGUCGGAGGCUGUAUCUUACGCUCGAUGCUUCAUGCUGGUCUCCACCGGUGUCCAUUUCGAUACAAGCAACUCUCCACCCACGACCGACAACUACGGAAGCGGGUAUUUUGGUGCGCUUAUGCCAUCGAUAGAUACCUGAGCCAGGCUUUGGGCUUGCCGCUUGGUAUACAGGAUUCUGAUAUUGAUGUGUGUCUGCCUGCUGCCCGGGAAAUGCAUACCCUUCGGAGCCAGGCGACUGAAUCUGCCAGUGGUAGCCCUGCGCCACAGCACAGUAAUAAUGAUAACCACAGCAAGGAAAGUGUUCUUGCUAGCUACGUUGAUUCAGGGACUCUGACAGGCCGGGCAUUGGAGCUCUUCCAUAAAUCAAUAUUGGUUCGAUCUGUUCGUCGCAGUUCGGUGUUGUUCCUCGUGACAGACGUGCAUAAGUGGUGGAAUGGCCUUCCCACCAAUCUUCAAAGAAAGCCAGCGGUAGGAUCUGUAAUGGGAGACGCUGCGUUCGACUUUGCUCCUUUUUUCACUGUGCUGUAUCAGCAUCUCAUUCUGAUCAUUCAUCGGCCUUCGCUGUCGCUGGAUCCGUCGACUGCGGAGUUCUGUUCUGGUCUGCAAACCUGCAUCGGGGCUGCUCGUGCUAUCCUUUCGGCGCUCAGGUUGCAGGUUGAUAGCCAGCAGGCUUUGUUCUGGCCUGGUUUCUUGUCGGCUGCGUGGAUGUCUGGAUUGGUUUUGGCAUUGGCUUGUCAACUGAACCAAUAUGUGUUGAAAAAGGGUCUUCAGGAGAUUGAAGAAGUUUCGGGAUUCCUGCGUUUGAUGUCUACUCAGUGGGAGACAGCCAAACACUGCCACAUGUCUCUCUCAGUGCUGGUCGCGAAAAUCCAACAGUCAGAAAGCGGUUCUCAUCCAACAGCAAACUCCCAAGCAUAUGUGACGAGGGGCUCUGAAGGAAGUCCGACACUGGUGAAAUCUUUAAAUGCACGCGAGGAGAACAGACGGAGACUUAGUAGUGUGUCAUACUUGCAAGAAGAGCCUGGGUUAUCCGCAGAACCGUCCGACCUUGAGCAACGGAAUAAUACAUGGGAAGAAUCUAUGCACAGGGGGCAUGAUCCCACGAUGUUUCGUUCGGCGUCGAUGCACCCGCCACAAAUGAACGAGCAGGGAAUCCUCUCCGAUACACCCUCUUCACUGUAUAUGGAUUUACAGGACAUGGAGCCCGCACAGCUUGAGGGGAUAUCGAAUUUCGACUUGAACAUGGUCGAUUUAAUCGAUGGUGCUAACUUCGACCCUCUGUUCGAUUUAAUCGGACAGCAAUUUCCAAGCUUCUGA